GUCGACGCGCGCGCCGCCCGCCGCCCAAAGCGCCUUGUAGGGCGGGCGGGUGAGGGCGGCCGCAGGGCGGGAGUGCGCGCCGCAGGUAAAUACUGGUGCGUUGCUGCUGCCCUCACAGACCGGCACAGACCACACACCACACCGACCUAAGGCGUGGUAUUUUGUUGUGAUUGUACGAGCUCGUGAACGACAGCCAAUAUGAUGGACGACGAUGCGGGCGCCCUUGUAGUGGACAACGGGUCCGGCAUGUGCAAGGCCGGGUUCGCCGGCGAUGACGCGCCGCGCGCCGUAUUCCCCUCCAUCGUGGGUCGCCCACGCCAUCAAGGCGUCAUGGUGGGCAUGGGGCAGAAGGACUCCUACGUGGGAGACGAGGCCCAGAGCAAAAGAGGUAUCCUCACCCUCAAGUACCCCAUCGAGCACGGAAUCAUCACCAACUGGGACGACAUGGAGAAGAUCUGGCACCACACCUUCUACAACGAGUUGCGCGUGGCGCCCGAGGAGCACCCCAUCCUGCUGACAGAGGCCCCAUUAAACCCCAAAGCGAACAGGGAGAAGAUGACUCAGAUCAUGUUCGAGACUUUCAACUGCCCUGCGAUGUACGUCGCUAUCCAGGCCGUGCUCUCCCUGUACGCGUCCGGUCGUACCACGGGUAUUGUUCUGGACUCCGGGGAUGGUGUCUCCCACACCGUACCCAUAUAUGAAGGUUAUGCCCUUCCCCACGCUAUCCUUCGUUUGGAUUUAGCCGGUCGCGACUUGACUGACUACCUCAUGAAGAUCCUUACCGAGCGUGGUUACUCUUUCACUACCACCGCUGAGAGGGAAAUUGUGCGUGACAUUAAGGAGAAGCUGUGCUAUGUCGCCCUCGACUUCGAGCAGGAGAUGGCCACCGCCGCCGCCUCCAGCUCCCUAGAGAAGUCCUACGAGCUUCCUGAUGGUCAGGUUAUCACCAUCGGUAACGAGAGGUUCCGCUGCCCCGAGGCGAUGUUCCAGCCUUCUUUCCUAGGAAUGGAGUCGUGCGGAAUUCACGAGACCGUGUAUGCCUCGAUUAUGAAGUGCGACGUCGACAUUCGCAAGGACCUAUAUGCCAACACCGUACUCUCUGGCGGUACUACCAUGUACCCUGGUAUCGCCGACAGGAUGCAAAAAGAGAUCACCGCGCUGGCUCCCUCCACCAUCAAGAUCAAGAUUAUUGCUCCCCCUGAGAGGAAGUACUCCGUCUGGAUCGGUGGGUCCAUCUUGGCGUCUUUAUCCACCUUCCAACAGAUGUGGAUCUCGAAGCAGGAAUACGAUGAGUCGGGGCCAGGCAUCGUGCACCGCAAGUGCUUCUAAACGCUUUCGAGUCAUGUGGUGUUCUAUUGCAAUAAUUGAGUCGAUGUUUUGUGUCACUAAAACGAUUACAAAUUUUGGGUUAGCUUUUAUGCAAAUUUUGUGCUCGUUUUGGCGUCAGUGUAUUUAUUUUAUAUUCGCCGUCAGAGACUGUACGCUUGUUGCGUUAUUGUAUAAGUGAGUUAUUUUAAGUUUAUUUUGUUAAAUAUUAUACUUUUGUUAUAAUU